CUUUAAAUAAACCCAGUCUUGAGGUCAAGUUAUCAUCCUUUAACAUUACCAUUUCGCUUGCACUUGUAUCUGCCCUCUAUCAGCAUCAUCUUUAUUCAAACGCGUUAACACGAUUUUCAUCUACCCUCCUCAGUGGUGUAAUCUUUGCUCUUUUCAUCUGUCGAUCAAUCUGAUCUUGAAACACAUAAAUUGGACAUCUUUCCUUCGUUUCAAGUCACUUUCGCGAAUCAUUCUAAGCUGAGUGGCUAACGUUUUCUCAACAGUAAUCAAAACAUCUUUCAAGCAAUCAAGUGUUUACAUCGAGUUAAACAUUUUUCCUUUUGUGAUUAGUAAAUCUUUUACAACAAAUAUGUUCCCAUCUAAUAACGGUUUAGUGAUUAUUUUUAUUUUACAAAUUAGCCAAGUUUUCUCGGCUGGUCAAAAGCUUCCAGGAUACAAUCAUCAAUUACUAGAAAUUGAUUUAGCUGCUCUGAGAGGAUUAAUCAACAAAGAAAAGCUUGGUUACAGUUUAAAGCCAGCAGCAUCAGUUAGUCAUGGUACAUUAUUGCAAGGGAAUGGAGCUGGUGUCGGUCCUGUCGCUGCUGGUGCUACCAACUCUCAAUCUAACCUAAUCGCCAUACCAUUAUACCUUCGUAAUAACCAAGUCAAAUGCUUAUGCCCUGGUCAGACUAAUGGUCUAACUACUGGCAAUAGUUACACUGGCACUCCAGCAUCAUUGUCUCCAUCAUCAGCCAGUUACGGUCAAACAUCUUCUCAACCAGCUAGUUCAACUUACGGUUCCUCAUCAUCAUACCAGCCAGUUGCUUCAACUUACGGUUCAUCUUCCCAGUCAGGAGCUUCUAGUUACGGUCAAACAUCUCAACCAGCCAGUAGCUCAACCUACGGUUCUUCAUCAAGCCAGCCCGCUAGUUCAGCUUAUGGUUCAUCAUCUUCUCAGCCAGCUAGUUCAACAUACGGUUCGUCAUCUAGCCAACCAGCAGUUUCAACUUACGGUUCAUCUUCCCAAUCAGGAGCUUCAAGUUAUGGUCAAGCAUCUUCCCAGCCAAUCAGUAGCUCAACUUACGGUUCUUCAUCAAGCCAAUCAGCUAGUUCUACUUACGGAUCAGCAUCUUCCCAACCAGCUACUACAACCUACGGCCAAACGUCUUACCAGCCCGCUGUUUCAACUUAUGGGGCAUCAUCUCAGCCAGCCAGUUCAACUUACGGUCAAACAGCUUCUCAGGCAGUCAGUAGCUCAUCUUACGGUUCAUCAUCUUCCCAACCCGCUAUUUCAGCUUACAGUCAAUCACCUUACCAGGCCGCUGUUUCAUCUUACGGUUCAUCUGCUUCUCAACCAGCUAGUUCAACUUACAGUCAAGUAGCAACAAAUGAGCAGACUUACCCAAGCUCACCCAAUUACUCAUCAUCAUCAUACCAAACUGUACCUCAGAUAAUUCCACAAAGUUAUACCUCAUCUGGAUCAAGUGAUUCCGUAUCAAACUAUGAACAAUCAACAGAUUCAGCAGCAUCAUCCUCAUCUUCUUCUGCAUCUGCUAAUCCAGCUUCUUCGUCUUCAGCUUCACAAUUACCAUCGUCUCCAUCAUCGUCUUUAUACAGUGAAGAUGGCUACUCAUCAGGAUCAUAUGGAUCUGCACCAGCCAGCCAAACUAAUUAUAUAAAUGGUUACUCAAGUGAUUCCCAAGUCAAAAUGGCACCUGCUAAUUCUGGAUACGAAUCUGACUACUCAUCCAGUGCAAUCUCUGCCCCUUCAUCACCUUCGUACCGACCUAUUUAUUCAAAUACUUAUGCACCCUCAUCAAGUCAAGUAUAUAAAAAUCAGCCAGUCUCUCAAGUAAGUUCAACCGGCUACACUGACUCUCAAGCUGCCAAUGAGUACUAUACUGAUCCAGAAUGCGCCAAAGACAAUCAACAAAUCCAAUCAAAUUCUGGUAGUCAAACAAAAGGUAUUCCAUCACCAAUUAAAAAAUUCACCCAAUAUCAAGAUUCAUGGUGAAUUCGGAGAUAACUUGGAAGGAAAACCUUAAUCAUUAUCCUAAUAAUUCGAUCUGCCAUAUCUAUCAAUAGAUAAAAUUGUUAUUACAAAUGUAUCAUUUGCUAAGUUUAACUGUUGAUGUUUCAGUUGAAAUUCGCAUCAAUUUAUGAUCAUGUUGAUGAUCAUUUUAUAAGACAAAUUAAUUUAAAUUUAUAAAGUUAAUCUAUUGAACGUGAGUCUGAAUCAAUUACCAUCAACAAUCAAAAGGUUAUCAAAGUAAAGGGCUGGAUGAUCAUGACAGUAAUUACUUUUACCAUUCACACCAAGUAUUAUUUUCUCAUUUUCCAUUCAUUUUCACGUUUUUCUCUCUUUUUUAUAAUUUUAUUAUUAUCUGACCACCAUCAUGUUGGUCAGAAUAUCAAAAUUUAUCUCAAUGUGAUCCCAUCUAAUAUUUGUAUUAUGUAAAUGAUAAACAAAACAAGAUAAAAAUAUAAUAAAAACAACAAACAAA